AUGCAAGAACUGUAUGAUUCAACGGAUAUAAUGAGUAGUGGCAAUCCUCUUUGAUUGAUCAUAUUGAGUGUACUGUGCUUAGAGUGAAGGGAGAAAGUGUGAUUGGCUUUUGGGUGGGGUUCAUAUGGAGGUUGAGAUGGAUUUGAGGGAGAUUUUAAUGAAAAUUUCAGAUGAAAAGAACGAAGAUAAGGAAUAUGCGAAUGUUGAUUUGAAGAAAAGUGAGUUUGAUACUGCAGCUGAUGAACGGUUGUUUAAUGGUAUCGAGGCUGAUGAUUUUGUUUUCAGUAAUAGACAGUCAGUGAAGUUUGAUGGAAAGAUAAGUGUGGACCUCAAUGAAUGUAUUGUUAAGGAUGUUGAUGACACGAGCAAUGUUGGUCACGAUGACAAGCGUUUUGAGUUUGUCAGUGGGGCGAAAAGUGAUGACUGUGGCACAGUGGAUAUUGGGCUAAUGAAGUCGAGUAUUGUUAGGGAAGAUGAGAACAAUAGGAAGAGGAAACGAGAGUCUUACACGGACUUGCUGAGGUGGGUUACUAAUGUUGCGAGAGAUCCUUGUGAUCCUGCCAUUGAGUCUUUGCCAGAAAGGUCUAAGUGGAAGUUUUAUGGGAAUGAUGUACACUGGAAGCAGGUUCUGCUGCUGCGAGAUGAAAUGCUUUUGAAAAAAUGUGCAGAUACAAGUGCUCAAAGCUCGAUAUGGCAGAUAAAACAGAAGAUGCAUCCAUCUAUGUAUGACGAUAAUGCUUCUCUUGAGAGAGUGAGAUGCAGCAGGCGGGUCCUACUCGCUAAAAAUCCAUUGAAGAAGACACAUUUUUCAGCAGUGUCGUCCUCAAGCUCUCCAAGUGAUGAGGAUCCAAUUGAUGGACCUGCUAAUUCAUCGGAAGAGUCAGGACUUGGCCUUUUGUGGAACCAGCAUCGGAAGCAAAUACCAGUUGGGCCACAGUUUCAAGCAGAUAUUCCUGAAUGGAGACAUGAGAAAUGUGAAAGUGACUCGAAAUGGUUGGGUACCCAAAUAUGGCCUCUAGACAAACAAGAACAAAAAAGAAUGUUAAUUGAAAGAGAUCCUAUUGGAAAAGGAAGGCAAGAUACAUGUGGCUGCCAAUACCCUUCUUCUUAUGAAUGCAUCAAGUUUCAUCUCGCUGAGAAACGAAGGAAGGUUACACUUGAGUUGGGAUCAGCCUUUUAUCGGUGGAAAUUUGACUUUAUGGGGGAAGAAGUUGCACGUUCUUGGACAAAACAAGAAGAACAAAAAUUCCAGGAUAUAGUAAAAAUGAAUCCUUUGUCGACAGACAAGAGCUUUUGGAAUGAAAUAUUCAAGUUCUUUCCUAACAAAAGCAGGGAAUCUUUGGUCAGCUACCACUUCAAUGUCUUCCUUUUACGGUGUAGAGGUCACCAGAAUCGGACUGCUGCAAGUAAUAUCGACAGUGAUGAUGAUGAACAACAGUACGGACCUAGAACUAAUUGUUUCGGAAGAGAUGCUGAAUUCUCCAUCUUUUGUUCCCCGAGGAAAGCACAUCCGGAUCCAAGAUAG